GACGUGCUCUGGUUUAAUCCUAUUACACGUCAAGCACAAAGGGAGAUAAGAGGUUUACAUUGGGGUUCCUCACAGACUGAAUCUCUCUCUCUCGCUCUCCCUCGAGACACCAGGAGAGCUAUACACAUUUGGUUAUUUUGAUACUGGUGCUGACACUGGAUCUUCUGGCUGCCACAGCGUCUAUUGUGGAGCGUUGAAUAAAGACAUAUUGAUAAUAGGAUUGCCUGCGAGGGUUGAGAGGAGACGCUGCUGAUGAUGAAUGAAGAUCAGGUGAAUGACAUAAUCCAGAGAUGGCAAAAUACUCCAGAAGACCAUCUGAAGCCAGAGGACUACCAACAGUUCAAGAACUUGGGAUCUGCCUGUCUCGCCGACGGUGACGGUGAACAACUACUGAAAUUCCUUCAGGAUGAGAAAAACCAGGGCAUUGUGAAGUCUAUGGGUUGUGUUCUCAUGGCACCUCUUGUAAAAGAAGUAGUUAAAAAAGAGAAGAGCCUUGACCACUGCCAGGCUGCCAUCACACAUCUGACCAGGACUUGCAGCCCAGAUGAACUCCUGCAUUGCUUGCUUGAACUCAUUGAAGACAUUGAUCCUGGGGACAUUUCUGAGACCGUCUUAGUCCUCGUUCCACACCUUCAAACAGUGCUGCUUCAGCUGGAUGACAGAAAGGCAGCCUGUGUGGGCUUGGCUCUGACCGCCCUGCAGAAGCAGCUGUCCCGGCUGCCUGUGCCUUACACCCGGCAACAGGAGGAGGCUGAUGAGCACGGUCUGUGUCGCUGCUACAGCGCCUUGGCUGUGUUCAUGAAGCCGUUCAUAGAGGAGGUGAAGAGGAGAAAUGGGAACUACGCUUCCAUUUCUGAGGAUGACGAGCUGAGGACUGAGCUUCUCAAGUUCUGCAUGAGGAGCUUGAGGGAGCCCUUGCUCGAGGCUCAUCUGAACCGAAACAGAAAAUCCUCAAUGUGGCUCUUUGCAACAGAGAUAAUGGUCACGCUACCUGCAAUCCAAGAGUCUCUGCCAGAGCUCCUGUUCUUCAGCCCUCUGAGGAAAAGCACCCAGACAGACAUCAGUCAGUCCAAGGAGUCGAGAGCUUGUCUGGCUUAUCUGCUGUUUGUCCAGCUCAUCACCAUCGACAGCUUCCCGGCAGUAUUCAGUCCUGUAUUUGUUCUUCAGUGCAACAUGGAAUACAUCAAUCAACUACUCAGUAGCAAAAAGGAAUCACACUUGCUCAAAGGACUGGCGCUGUAUGCAAAAAGCUUGGAGAGUGUGCAGGACAACAGCCUCCCAGUGAGUCUACUGGAAUUGAAGAGCUUCUACAGUGUACCACAGAACCUGCGACAAGUUCUUACUGACUGCCCGAUGCAGCAUUUGAGAGAAUCGGGACUUCAGGUUUUACAGCUCUUCAUCAAAAAAUUAGAUGCUGAAGCAAAGCACAAGUUCUUCAGGUGCAUGUUAAAAACCAGCAACCACGCGGGAGUAGAGAGUUACAUAGUAAAGAACAUCAGGAAGCAAGUGGAAUUUUCUAUGGAGCCGGGUAAUGCCAAUAAAUGGUUCCUGGGGGAGGAGUUUCUCUCGUUGUUGGGACUGGUGUUCUGUUUUCCACAAGGCGCCGAGACAGAUUUGCUCAACAGCAUGGACAGGAUAAUGGAGAGUCUGAAUCUUCUACGCUACCUCCUCAUCAGAGACAAAGACCUGAGGAGCACUACCUAUGUGUGGGAAGAGCUGUGCAGGAUCAAAGACCAAUACCUCAAAAUGCUGCGUGUGUGUAUCAGCAUAUCAAGAGGACAUUAUUCCGCUGAACUGAAGGCGCUCAAGCAGGAUCAAAAGCUAAAAGCAAAAGAAGCCAGAGAGGCCGCCAGAUCCACCAGAUUAGUCAAAAGAAUAACAGUGAAACGUGAGAAAGUGUCCAAUAUGUCCCCAGAGGAGCAGCAUCAGGUGUUGCAGAGCGCUUUGGUGACAUUUGACCUGAUGGAGAGUCUUAUAUUCCGCAUCGAAGAGAUCACAGAGGAGAAGCUGAAGAUCCAAACCUAACUAAACCCAAACUAAAUUGAGGGGUUAUUUUUAUUAACACUGUUUUAUUUUACUUGCUCUGUUUGACCAAUACAAAAAACAUGCAUUGAAUAUUUUUUUUCUAAACAAAAGCUAUUGUAAAAAAAAUGUAAAAAAACAAUAGAACAAACUGUGCUAAUAUAUUGAAAUACAUCUUUUAAAUUUGCUUUUGUACAUUCACCAAGUAAGGCUUGUUCUGGUUAGCAUCAAAUAAAACAACACAAGUGUUAAGUGUGUGGAAAAAAAA